AUGCCUGGUCAAAGUCUCAAUCUCCUUAGUCUCGAUGGCGGCGGCGUCCGGGGGCUCUCGACUUUGUAUAUUCUCAAACGCAUCAUGGCUGCGAUUGACCUACACAAUCCGCCCAAGCCUUGCGAUUAUUUCGACAUGAUCGGAGGGACAAGUACUGGCGGACUCAUCGCCAUUAUGCUCGGCCGCCUCAGCAUGAGUGUCGACGAAUGCAUUAGAGCUUACAUGGAGCUCUCCAAAGAAGUGUUUCAUCCAAAAAGGCAGAUACCUUUUGGCAUUAGAGGGAAUAUCAAGGAGCGAUACGACAGUAAAGCGCUCGAGCUAGCUGUAAAAAAAGUACUACGAGAUCGCAACAUGGAUGAGGAGGCUCUUCUCCAGGAUCUGACCGGAACCAAGGUUUUCGUCUGCUGUACCAGUGGAGAGACUUCAGAGACUUCCCUGCUUCGAAGCUGGAACACCAUAAGAGGAGAUGAAGACUUGUACCAGACUGUUCGUAUCUGGGAAGCUGCUCGCGCCACCUCAGCGGCUUCCACCUAUUUUGACCCUAUCAGCAUUGGCGUCCCCAAGCAGCGUUACCUCGAUGGAGGUACAGGCGCCAACAACCCUGUCCAUGAUCUCUGGGGUGAAGCAACUGAUCUUCUGUCACAUGGGCAGCGCUUGUCAGAUAACCUAGGAUGUUUGAUCUCCAUCGGUACCGGUCAACCUGGAUUCAAGCCUGUUGUAGAAUCGGUUUUGGGCACCGCAAACAUGCUGCUAAACAUUGCGAGUGAGACCGAAGCCACUGCCAACCGCUUUCAUCGAGACAAUUCCGACCUAUUUGAUAGAAAUAUCUGCUUUCGGUUCAACGUUCCCCGCGGAUUAGGCGACAUAGAUCUAGCAGAGACAGAACAGCUCGGUGCUAUCAAGUCCAUGACACUCAGUCAUUUGCAGACAGAAGCUGUGCAAAGCGAGAUCCGAAGGUGUGUGGAACGAUUGGGCGAACGUCAACGUACGUCAGACUUCAUGUAA